AUGAAGACCACCCUUUGGUUGGCCUUUUGGCUGUAUGCCAUGCCCAAACUUUCCGCAAAUUCUCGAGAUUCGAGAACACCAACGCCGGACAAUACANACAAGCACCAAAACAACAACUACCAAGAUACAUUCGACAAGUACGGAAAUGGUAAUGGAAACGGUCAAUACAAUGGACAACACGGUGGACAACACGGAGGACAACACGGAGGAAACCAAGGACAAUCUGGUAACCAAGGAGGACACUUCGUUAACGGUGGAAACAACUUUGGACACGGUAACGGUAUCCACGGAUCCGCUGCUGGUAAAUACGAAAACCGGAACUACGCCAUCAUCCGUGACAUCAAGAAUGUUGAUGUAGAUGGUUACCACUACUUGUACGAAACCGAAAACGGAAUCCUCGCCGAAGAACAAGGAAAAUUGGCUAAUGUAGGAACCGAUGGUGAGGGUAUGCGCGCCAACGGUUUCUUCACCUACACCGGACCAGACGCUGUUGAAUACACCGUCAAAUACACCGCUGAUGAGAACGGUUUCUUGCCAGAAGCUGCACAUUUACCAACUGCAGCUCCAGUCCCAGAACUCAUCGCCAGGGCUUUGGAAUACCAAAGGGCUCAAGGAACUUUGUAA